AUAAGAGUAGCGGCGUUGAGUCAGGGAGUCUGUGGAGAAAACUGCGGUAGCGACCCUCAGACCGCACCAUGAAGACUCGCUUUAGCACCAUUGACCUCCGCGCGGUACUCGCGGAGCUAAAUGCCAGCUUACUAGGAAUGAGAGUAAACAAUGUUUAUGAUGUGGAUAAUAAGACCUACCUUAUUCGUCUUCAAAAACCAGACUUUAAAGCUACACUUUUACUUGAAUCUGGCAUACGAAUUCACACAACAGAAUUUGAGUGGCCUAAGAAUAUGAUGCCGUCUAGUUUUGCCAUGAAGUGUCGAAAACAUUUGAAGAGUCGGCGAUUAGUCAGUGCAAAACAGCUUGGUGUGGAUAGAAUUGUAGAUUUUCAAUUUGGAAGUGAUGAAGCUGCUUAUCACUUAAUCAUUGAGCUCUAUGAUAGGGGGAACAUUGUUCUUACAGAUUAUGAGUACCUAAUUUUGAAUAUACUAAGAUUUCGAACUGAUGAGUCAGAUGAUGUUAAAUUUGCUGUUCGUGAACGCUAUCCAGUUGAUCAUGCUAGAGCUGCUGAGCCUCUGCUUACUUUGGAAAGACUGACUGAAAUAAUAGCCACUGCACCUAAGGGUGAACUACUGAAGAGAGUUCUUAAUCCGUUACUUCCCUAUGGACCAGCUCUCAUUGAACACUGUCUUAUAGAAAAUGGAUUCUCGGGCAAUGUCAAAGUGGAUGAAAAAUUAGAAAGUAAAGAUAUUGAAAAAGUACUGGUUUGUCUUCAGAAAGCAGAAGACUAUAUGAAAACAACAUCCAACUUCAGUGGAAAGGGGUACAUCAUUCAGAAAAGAGAAAUAAAACCAAGCUUGGAAGUAGAUAAACCAACUGAAGACAUACUUACGUAUGAGGAAUUUCAUCCUUUCUUGUUUUCUCAACAUUCACAAUGUCCGUAUAUAGAAUUUGAAUCAUUUGACAAGGCCGUGGAUGAAUUUUAUUCCAAGAUAGAAGGUCAGAAAAUAGAUUUAAAAGCUUUACAACAGGAAAAACAAGCUUUGAAGAAAUUAGAUAAUGUCCGGAAGGAUCACGAAAACAGAUUAGAAGCUCUUCAACAGGCUCAGGAAAUAGACAAGCUUAAAGGAGAGCUCAUAGAAAUGAAUCUACAGAUAGUUGACAGAGCCAUUCAGGUUGUUCGAAGUGCUUUAGCCAACCAGAUAGAUUGGACAGAAAUUGGCUUAAUUGUGAAAGAAGCCCAGGCUCAAGGAGACCCUGUUGCAAAUGCAAUUAAAGAAUUAAAACUACAAACAAAUCAUGUUACGAUGCUACUAAGAAAUCCAUACUUGUUAUCAGAGGAGGAAGAUGACGAUGUUGAUGGUGACAUCAGUGUUGAAAAAAAUGAAAUCGAACCACCAAAAGGAAAAAAGAAAAAGCAAAAGAAUAAACAGCUGCAGAAGCCUCAGAAAAAUAGGCCAUUGCUUGUUGACGUUGAUCUCAGCUUGUCAGCAUAUGCCAAUGCCAAAAAAUACUAUGAUCACAAGAGGUAUGCUGCUAAGAAAACACAAAAGACCGUCGAAGCUGCUGAGAAGGCAUUUAAAUCAGCAGAAAAGAAAACAAAGCAAACGUUAAAAGAAGUCCAGACAGUUACCUCUAUUCAGAAAGCAAGAAAAGUAUAUUGGUUUGAAAAAUUUCUGUGGUUCAUUAGCUCAGAGAACUAUUUAAUUAUAGGUGGAAGAGAUCAGCAACAGAAUGAAAUAAUUGUGAAAAGAUACUUGACAACAGGGGACAUUUAUGUACAUGCUGAUCUUCAUGGAGCUACUAGCUGUGUGAUUAAGAAUCCAACAGGAGAACCGAUUCCCCCUCGAACCUUGACAGAAGCUGGCACAAUGGCACUUUGCUACAGUGCUGCUUGGGAUGCACGAGUUAUCACUAGUGCUUGGUGGGUGUACCAUCAUCAGGUGUCUAAAACAGCACCAACAGGAGAAUAUUUGACAACAGGAAGCUUCAUGAUACGAGGAAAAAAGAAUUUCCUCCCUCCCUCCUAUCUAAUGAUGGGGUUUAGUUUCCUCUUUAAGGUAGAUGAGUCUUCUAUUUGGAGACAUCGGGGUGAACGAAAAGUCAGAGUGCAGGAUGAAGACAUGGAAACAUUGGCAAGUUGCACGCGUGAACUCAUAUCGGAAGAAAUGGAACAACUAGAAGGUGGUGACAGUAGCAGUGAGGAAGAUAAAGACGAAUCACAUGAAACUCCUAUGGAAGUAGAGCUUAUGACUCAGGCUGACCAGGAGGAUAUCACUAUUCAGACUGGUGGAGAUGAGCUAAAUGAUGAACUAAUUCAGGAAGAGAGCUCAGAAGAUGAAGGAGAAUCUGAAGAGGUGGUAAAAGAUCAGGAACCUGUUGCUGAAAUAAAGGAUGAAGGGGAAGAGACAUUAAAUUAUCCCGACACUACCAUUGACUUGUCCCACCUUCAAUCCCAAAGGUCCCUCCAGAAAUUGGCUUCAAAGGAAGAAUCGUCUAGUAUGAGUGACAGUAAAUUACAGAGCCGGAGACAUUUGUCAGCCAAGGAGAGAAGGGAAAUGAAGAAGAAAAAGCUUCCAAGUGACUUAGGGGAUUUAGAAGUGAUAGAGGUAAAGGACAAAGAAAAAGAAAAUGCUCUACACAUUGAAAUUCCUCAGAACACAAGCAAAACUGUCCCAUCUGUGCAGCCAAUGAAGCGAGGACAAAAGAGUAAAAUGAAAAAAAUGAAGGAAAAAUACAAAGACCAAGAUGAAGAAGACCGUGAACUCAUCAUGAAAUUGCUGGGGUCUGCAGGUUCAAACAAAGAAGAAAAAGGGAAGAAGGGGAAGAAAGGAAAAACAAAGGAAGAACCUGUGAAGAAACAGCCCCAGAAACCUAGAGGUGGACAAAGGGCUUCAGAAAGCAUAAAGAAGGAAACUCCCUCCCUUGAAGUUGUGACUCAGGAGUUACAAGAGUUGGCUGUAGAUGAUCCACAUGACGACAAGGAAGAGCAAGAUCUGGAUCAACAGGGUAAUGAGGAAAAUCUCUUUGACUCUCUGACAGGGCAGCCACACCCUGAAGAUGUGUUACUGUUUGCAAUUCCGAUAUGUGCCCCUUACUCCACUAUGACAAACUAUAAAUACAAAGUGAAACUUACUCCUGGAGUUCAGAAAAAGGGAAAAGCUGCAAAAACAGCCUUGAAUAGUUUCAUGCAUUCCAAAGAAGCAACAGCAAGAGAAAAAGACUUAUUUCGCAGCGUAAAGGACACGGAUUUAUCAAGAAACAUUCCUGGCAAAGUCAAAGUGUCUGCACCCAAUCUUCUGAAUGUAAAAAGAAAAUAGCUGAAAUGAAAUCCUAAAGUACUGAAGACCCAAUUUUAUAGCCUUUUGGAAGUUCAGAGAUGAAAACAUCAUGUAACAAGACUUACACAUUUAAAAAACGAACUAAACAUUGCCUUGCUAUAUUCUCCAAAAGGACUUACUGGUUUGUUUGUUUGUUUGUUUCCAGUUUUAUAGAGAGGAAACGCUAGGACAGGAUUUCCUAAAAUAUUUGUGGACAGUUAAAUGCUAAUUGUAUACAGCUGUAGUUAUUACACAUUUUCUUAAAAUUUGGGAGGUUAAUACUAUGUUCAUUUCGUGUUGUAAAGAAACGGAAGUGUGCAGUGGCUCAGUUGCUUGGACUGUGGACUUGAAAGCCACCUCGCAUAGCGGCUCAGUGCUGUUACUCCCAGGCCGGUCACGGGUGGUUCUGUCUUCUGGUGCGGUGGUGAGGGCUGGGGGCGGUUAGUCCUAAAUGCUUAAGUCUUGGAAACCUACUGCUUUUACUUCUACUUGUCAAAAAGUGUAUUAGACCAGAUUUAAAACAGACGUAAUUCAGCCUAAGAAAUAACACCUAGAAAAAAUUGGUAUUGAUCAUUUCCAUGCAUUUAUCCUUCACUUUUCAUCCUCAUAAUCUCAUUCAGUUCUGUAGCAUUUUAUUUUCUACCUCUAGUAAUUAUCAGCAUGUUACAGAGUAUUUUAACCUAGGAUAUUGUAAGUACGCUUUUAGAGGCUUACCACUAACGACUCCUGACACAGCUUUCUUCUUCUGUCUCCUAACGAAUGGAGAAUAAAGUCCUACAUCAUUUCCAUUCUUUUAUGAGCUAGAAAAAAAAAACCUGUCACUUUUUAAAUGAUUAGACAAUGACUCCUUACAGUCAAUAUGACCACUUUCCCCAGCCCCUAUACCAAAGCAUUAAGGUCAAAGUACUAAACAGCUGUUGGUCCUUCCAAAAUUUCUUUUAACAGCUUAGUCUUGCUGAUAGUUUUUCCAUUUGAAAUUAACAAAAAAAACACACCAAAAAACCUUGUAAUUAUUACAUAUAGCCAAUGUUGUAAAUACAAUGUAAGAGACUACUCUUGCUAUUUAAAAAGUAUAUGUAUAUUAAUUUAAAAAAAUAACAUCACCAUUUUGAUAGUGAUAAGAAUCAUUAGUAUAACGUUUCUACAGCUAUAUAUUCUGAAGUUACCAAAAAGGAAAUAUAAUAAUCAUUCCUUGGGGUAAAAAGCCAAGUAUUGUUUUCUUUUGCUUUAAUAGAAGACGGUUACUGGUGUUAAAUACAUUUAUUGUAAACUUUAGACACAAAAAUAGGUUCUCUAGGCCAGUCACAUGCACAUUAAAACCAAAAAGCUGCAAACUACAACAAUGCAUAUAAUUAUACAAACAAUGCCACUCUCUGAUGUUUACAGAAUUGCUGUCCAUGCAAGGUGAUCAGAGGGAUUAUCUGUGAAGCCUUACGAUCCAGAAGUAUUGUUACUACCAAACCUCUGAUUAACACUGUGAAGUAAGUGUUUUGGAAGGCAGUUCCACGAGUUGGCUAACAUUUCUUUAAAGCAAAUGACUGCUUCUAAGCUUAGCCUGAAAGUGGACAAGAGAAAAAUAAAUUUACUGUUUUAGAAGUACAUUAACUUGAAGAAUUACCCAAAAAAAAGCCCACUUUGUUUAAAGAUUUUCAUAAGAACUAGUUUUAUCAAUGAAGACUUGUCAGUAAGUUCUCUAAUAAACCUGGUUUUUCAAGAGCACUAAUUUAAAAUAAUCUGAGUACCAAGUCAAAAGUUACUUACCUUACAAGAGAUUUUGGUUGAACUGAAAAUAUAAGUAUUUCAUUACUGUGUGCCUGAAAAAUAUUUAAUGAAGAACACAUUAAAAUAAGUACUCCACAAGUUUCAGAAAUAGGAUGAAGUGUCCUUUAAUACAGGGUAGUAUACUUACAGCUCUGUGAUGGACAAGAAGGUUAUUGGCACAUCCACCAAAAACAAUAACUUCUCCUUCAUCACUGGCACAAGCUGUGUGCCAUAAUCUAUAUUCAAAACAAACGCUUGAGUUUUAAGUUACCCAAAUACCAAGUUGACAAUUUUAUAUUAUGAACCGAAUGAUAAAGACUAGAGAUCUUCAGUAUAGACCAAAACCUAAUUUCGAGAAGCAAUUAUCUUAAGUAGCCAAAGCUAGAAAAAUCAAUUAAUGUCUGUUUUAUCUGAAUGUUACCAUUUUCUCUCUCUGGUCCAGCCCUAACUUAUGCAAUGAGGGGUCUGAACUGACUGAUCUGUUCUCUAGGUCUUUGUUAGCAAUAAAAAUCUUCUGGGAGAUGUGUGGUA